GUAAUCAUCUGUUAAGCGUAUGUAUUUUAAAUAUAUUUAAAUAAACAAAGUCAGACGUCUUGACUUAUAAUCGGCAACGAUUGUUCUUCGCUCAUUCGACAUCUGCAAUCCACUGUGAGGCACUGCCAUGCUUUCAAAUUUGCAAUCUCGUAGUGGUAACCUGUUGCGUCACACAGGCUGCUGGAAUGGCUGGACACGGGGCUGGGCCAUAUCAGGCAGCAGGGAUGCCAAAGAUCUGGAUGGUAGUCAGAUAACGAUUGGUGAUGUAACAAUGCCCUUGGUAAAGCCCAAGGAGCCACAUUUGGUGCCCCAUAAAUAUGUAAAUUACGCACCGGAUGGAACGCUACAGCUGACCCAGACGGCCCUUCACCAUUUGCGAUGGAUGCUGCAGAAAGACUCACUGAAGCAGGACAUGUUUUUGCUGGGCGCGCCAGGACCAAUGAGGCGACAUCUGGUCAUGCAGUUCCUAGAAGUGACUGAUCGUGAACUGGAAUACGUGGCGCUCAGUCGCGACACCACCGAGAGCGAUCUCAAGCAACGACGUGAGAUUCACAAUAAGACAGCCCUAUACCAUGAUCAGGCCGCAGUUCGGGCAGCUCUACACGGACGAGUUCUGGUACUCGAUGGCGUGGAGCAUGCUGAACGCAAUGUGCUGCCGGUAUUGAACAAUCUACUGGAGAAUCGUGAAAUGCAUUUGGAAAGUGGUAAAUUUCUCAUGGCGCCGGAACGUUACGACAAAUUGUUAGAGACGCACAGCCAACAACAGCUGGAAGACUGGGGAUUGUUGCGUGUCUCCGAACACUUUCGCAUAGUGGCACUUGGACUUCCCAUACAGAAGUAUAAGGGCACGCCGCUGGAUCCACCGCUACGUUCACGUUUCCAAUCGCGAAACAUUCUGCACUGCAGUUUUCAGGAACUGUUCGAGGAACUGCAGCAGCUAGCGCCCGCUGUACCCGCCCCAAAGUUGAAACAACUGCUGACCUUUGCGUUGACCCUCCAAACAGCUGACGAUGCACUCCAGCUCCCUGACUUUCCGUUACAUAAUCUUCGCCUAGGCGUUGGAAUGAUGAAAGCAAAUCCAACGCUUAGCCUGCAAGAUGCCAUAUCCAUUCUGUAUCCCUAUCAAUCCAUGCUAACGUCACAACAGCAGCAGCGUAUUAAUGAAUUGUUUACGAGCCUGCACGUUAAGCGCGUACCCAGUCCUAAAGUGGAACGUAUUACCAGCAAGCAACUGCCGGAUGGCAUCGUCCAUGUGCAACUCGAUGGUGUUCAACUACAUUUGCCCAGUGGUUCGGCUGCGCCAUCAAAGGGUAACUUUGUGGACUUGCCGCAUCAGCGUCAAGUGCUCGCAACGCUGCUCCAAUCCUAUGCCGUUGGCGAUGUCUGUCUACUUGGCGAGAAGGGCGUUGGCAAGAUGACAAUAAUUAAUCAGCUGCUGCGCUUAUUGCAUCAAUCUCCUGAACCGAUGAUGCUAUAUGAGGACAUGACCUCGCGCGAUCUGGUGCAGCAGCGCAUCACAAAUGCCGAGGGCGACACCAUCUGGCGGGACUCGCCAUUAAUACGCGCAGCGAAAACUGGUUCGGUGGCCAUACUCAAUGGCCUUCACAGACUCCACAAGAGCACGGCGUCAGUGCUGCAACGCAUAAUCCAUGAUCGCGAGAUACAGUUAUGUGAUGGAACCACUUUACUUCGUGCGGAUCGUUAUCAGGCACUCUUGGAUCAGGGACUUGAUCAAAAUGAGCUAACUCAACGUGGACUGCUUGCUAUACCCGAGUCCUUUCGCAUCAUUGCAUUGGGUGAGCCACCAAAGCGGGGUGCUGGUACGCCCAGCUGGCUGACACCGGAAUUGCUGAGCAUGUUUCUUUAUCAGGAGCUGCGACCACUGCAGCAGAGUGAAGAGCAUGAGCUACUUGUGCAACUGUGUGGUCAUGUCCAGCCCGAGAUGAAACAGCUGCUGGCGCUGGCACAAAUAUUACGCAGUUCGACCGAUCCACUGCUUGAGGGUUUAGCUGGGACGCUAUCAACGCGCCAGCUAUUGAAAGUGGGUCGACGCCUGGCCGCAUAUCCCACAAGCAGUCUGAACAACGUCCACGAAAUACUGCAGCACACGUUCCUGAUGAAGUUUAUGCCCUCGUUAUCGCGUACAGCCUUGGAGCAGGCAAUGCUCCAAGCAGGCAUAGCUCCAAGUGUCCAUAACGAUGGCAAGCGCCGGGAAAUCAGCGAGAUGGACAACAAACUGCAAAUUGGCGAAACCCAAAUGCAAUUGGUCGAGCUGUCACUAGCGCAGCAAUCAAAGGUACCCAGCACACUGUUCUACGAGAUGCCGCAGCAUGUAAUGCUGUUGGAGCGCCUGCUCCAAGACUAUCUAAUCGGCGAGCAUUUACUGUUGGUGGGCAAUCAGGGCGUUGGCAAGAACAAGCUCAUCGAUCGCCUGCUCGAGCUGAUGCGCCGGCCGCGCGAAUAUUUGCAGCUACACAGGGAUACCACAGUGCACAGCCUGACGGUGCAAUCGUCGCUAAGCGAUGGCAAAGUGGUCUACGGUGACAGCGCAUUGGUCAAGGCGGUUAAAGCUGGCGAUGUGCUCGUCAUUGACGAAGCGGACAAGGCGCCCGUCAAUGUUACUUGCAUUCUGCGCACUCUGGUUGAGAGCGGUGAGAUGGUGCUUUCAGAUGGGCGACGCAUUGUGCCACAUGGAGCAGCUGCAACGACACCCAAUUGCAUUGAGACACACGCCGAUUUUCGGCUUAUUGUGCUGGCAAAUCGGCCAGGCUUUCCAUUUUUGGGUAACGAUUUCUUUGCGGCGCUCGGCGACGUCUUCAGCUGCCAUGCCAUCGACAAUCCCACUCCCGAAUCGGAGAUCUAUCUCUUGCAACGAUAUGGACCGAAUGUGCCCAUCAAUACACUUAGAAUGCUUGUCAAUGCAUUUGGCGAGCUUCGCAGCCUGGCUGACGAGGGGCUACUCAACUAUCCAUACUCGACGCGGGAAGUUGUGAGCAUUGUGAAACACUUGGAGCGUUAUCCGGAAGAGAGCAUGUCCGAGUUGGUGGGCAAUGUGCUUGACUUUGAUCGCUACCAGCCGGAGGCAUUGCUGCAGGUCACUCAGGUGCUGGCCAAGCAUGGCCUGCCAAUUGAGGCAUAUGCAAAGAACGAACUGCAGUCACUGCGCCAGCAAAAGCAGCUCCAGUUAACUGUGAAGCGUCACAGCGGUCUGGGCGUCUCUGGACCCAAAUUUGGCAAAUUGGAUCCCAAAAAUGAACCUCAUGUUGGCGGCAAUACGUGGGCGGGCGGCAGCGGUGGUCGGGAUACCGCGGGUCUCGGUGGAAAAGGUGGACCAUUUCGCCUGGAUAAGGGGCACAAGGUACACCAGUUGAGCGAUGAGGAGAAAGCUGAUAUUCCCGAGGAAAUCAAACGGGCGGCACGCGAAAUGAACCGCAAAGCCUUCGAGCAAAAGCUGCAAGAGAUCAAAAUGUCUGCUCAUGAUCAUAAAUUGUAUGCGCAGUUCAGCGAGCCCAACCACAGGCAAGUAAAACAGCUCAAGGCCAUUUUGGAGGCGAUGCAGACAAAGAGUAAGGAGCGCCAAUGGGAAAAGUAUCAAACUCAUGGCGAACUUGAUGAUACACGCCUCAUUGAGGGUAUCACCGGCGAGAAGAACAUUUACAGGCGACGCGCCGAGGCAAAUCCCUGGGCAGAUCACGUCCAGGAAAAGCCCAAUCGGCUGAAACUUGUCGUUGAUGUCUCGGGAUCUAUGUAUAGAUUCAAUGGCUAUGAUGGAAGACUAGAUCGCCAAUUGGAGGCUGUGGUGAUGGUCAUGGAAGCAUUCGAGGGCUAUGAGAAAAAAAUUGUCUAUGAUAUUAUCGGCCACAGCGGCGAAGGCUGGGAGCUGCCCUUUGUCAAUGUGGGUAGUCCACCCAAAAAUGACAAGGAGCGUUUUGAGGUAAUACGCAUGAUGCACGCUCACUCGCAAUUUUGCUGGUCCGGUGACAGCACCGUGAAAGCGGCACGAGAGGCUUGCUCCACGCUGGGCGCUGAGCCUGACUGCGAUAAUGGCAUCGUCGUUGUUCUAAGCGAUGCUAACUUGGCGCGCUACGGCAUUUCACCCAAGGAUCUAGCGUCCGCCCUUAAGCGCGGUGAGCCCAAGAUCAAGGGCUAUGUCAUAUUCAUUGGAAGUCUGGCUGAGGAGGCCGACGAAAUCAAAACCGAUAUGCCGGCUGGACAGAGUUACGUAUGCAUGGACCUGACCAAAUUGCCGCAAAUACUGCAGCAGAUAUUUACCUCGUCGCUUAUCUAAUUAGUUGAAUAUUUCAUCGAAAUGUUUCUUGUAUAAACUUAACCCUGUACAUAUAAAAAUGGGUAAACAAUUGUAAAUUUAAACUGUACAGAGGCUCCCAUUUUAAUGUGUGAAUGUGUAAUUUUUAAGGAGAUAGAUAACUAUUAAAAAAUUUGGUAAACGGUUCGAUUGACCAUGAAAAAUCAAUAUUAUUUAAUUAUACUUUAGACAAAUUAUGGUAUGGCAUAGCCAUUAUAAU